GUCCACUCCUUCUCCCCCAAGCUCCAAAUCUAGUCCUACAUCAACAAUGUCCAUCAGGCCAUUCGCCGCCAACCUCGAGUGCCCACUAAGUGAGCUCAUCUCCCAACUUAGAAAUUCCGACAUGCGCUCCACCGCCUGUGAGAUCUUCCUCGCCCUCACCUGCACUUCAUCCGCCAAGCUCCUCUCCACUGCCACCUCACCUGAACACCACUACAACCAAUCUGGUACAUCAGACAAGCCUAGAUAGAAAGACUAUAGCCUCAAUUUGCUACCUCUAUAAGUUCCAACAUCUACUGUGGAUAAAUAUAACUCAUUCGUUGAAUCUUUGUUGCCCACUACCUCAUUGAUCAGAUCACCUACUCCAACCAACCAUCUCACCUCGCCAAUCACCAAUUCAUCUCUUCGCCCACUGUUGUCGAUAACCCUACUCCUGACCAGAAUAGUUCGUCGAUAGCUACUCUAUCGAGUGAGCCCCAUCCAUGUUGAUAUCUACCGUUCUCCUGCAACGUUUCCGUUGCUUAGAAUUAUCUACAGCGCAUUCGAGAUUCUAAGCUGCAUUCUAUCGACCGAUGAAAAUAGCAACAACAAGACAGUGAUCUUGCUGGUUCCUCUCGGUGAGGGUUUCGACUGGAAUAGAAAAUUUCUUUACACAGGGUCGUGAUUGAGUAUAUGUUGAUACUAUGUUUCUUCUGUAUAGAAACAAGGGAACUUUGCAGUGACCACAAUUAUUCUGGUCAUGAAAGUUUGGGUGUCCUUGGGCUUUAUCUUCAUUCGAAAGAGGAUGAGCUUUAGAUUUUCUUUUUCAAUUUCAAUUUUACGAAAUAGGAGAAGAGUGGAAGAGAGCUAGGUCAAUUCUUCAUUUUAUUUUGAUUUCUGGUUUAAUCUUCUUUGGAUGGAAAUAUUUUACUAUGUGAAUCAGUAAUUUAGACCGAGCUUGCAAUAUUUGUAUGGCUGGAAAAUUACGUUUUCAUACUAGACAUUAACUUUUUGGAUGGAAAAGAUAACAAUGGAACAAAAAUAGGGCUUAAGUGCUUUAGUUGCAACCAAACAAAUUUAAGUGGCUAACUUGCAACCAAGCUGACACUUAAAUGGUAUCUAUUGCAAUUAACCCGCAGAACUACGAGGCGGAGGAGAGGCCACGAUACUGUCGACGAGUUCUCUAACAGUGGAAAUAAUUUCCUGCGUGACGGCCGGACUCCGAUUCUUUAUUUUUUUUAACCAAAGAUAGCUUGCAUUACCAAGAGAAAAAUAGAUCAAACGUUUACAACUCCGACCGAAACCAAGCGCAAAAAUCAAAACCUAGCACAGCACUAGCGGACAAUUCUAGGGCCUUCCUUACCACCAACUGGGCAACCCUAUUGUUCUGCCUACCAACAAACUCCGAUUCAUCUCUUCACAGGAAAAAAAGUAAUUGUUUAUUCUAAGCAUCGGAAGACCUACCCGGGAGAACAAAGCUAUCAAAUGGGUUCAGCCCAAAUGGCAAAUGGUAACACACAGAGAUGUGCAAGAAGAUAAUGAGUUUGACAGCCGGCCGGGAUCAGUCGAGCUCAACAAUACAAUAAGGAUCAUUUG